AUGACAGAAAUUUUCACUUUCGUUACGAUCCAAAAUCGUAAUGGCCACUUCAACAUUGUUUUAGCUACAAUAGUCAUAUCCUCUGUUUUUUGGUAUAUAUGGGUUUACACCAAAUCCAAACGGCUGUUUCCACCGAUACCGCCGGGACCUCGGGGUCUACCCGUCGUCGGAAACCUCCCAUUCCUCCACCCGGAGCUUCACACCUACUUUCACAGUCUAGCUCAAAAACACGGACCCGUUCUCAAACUAUGGCUCGGGGCGAAACUAACCAUCGUAAUAACCUCUUCUGAAGCCACACGCGAGAUUCUAAGAACCAAUGACGUCAUCUUUGCGAACCACGACGUUCCCGUCGUAGGUUCGCUCAGCACGUACGGUGGCGUAGACAUUGUCUGGUCACCGUACGGAACAGAAUGGCGAAUGCUGAGAAAAAUCUGCAUUAACAAAAUGUUAAGCAACGCCACGUUGGAUUCAAAUUCUUUCAAUUUACUUCGCCGCCAGGAGACCAAGCGAACAGUCCGAUAUUUGGCAGACCGGGCUCGGGCCGGGUCUGCCGUUAACGUUGGAGAACAAAUAUUUGUCACGAUAUUAAAUGUGGUGAUCACUCAGAUGUUGUGGGGAGCUACGGUUGCGGAUGGAGAGGAGAGAGAUAGUGUUGGAGCUGAGUUCUUGGAACUGAUUACGAUAAUUGAUGUUGUCGGAAAGCCGAAUGUCUCUGAUUUUUUUCCGGUUUUGAGCCGGUUUGAUCUUCAGGGUUUGGCUAAGCGUGUGCGUGGAUCGGCUCAGAGGAUGGACCUGAUGUUCGACCGGAUUAUAAAUCAACGGGUUAGAAUGGAUAAGGGAAGUAAAGGGAACGGCGUAGAUUUUUUGAUGGUUUUGUUGAAUGCUAAGGAAGAAGAUGAAAACAUGUCCAUGAACCAUGUCAAGGCCUUCCUUAUGGACAUGGUGCUUGGUGGUACAGACACAUCUUUGAACACAAUAGAGUUCGCAAUGGCAGAGCUUAUAAACAAACCGGAGAUCAUGAAGAAAGCUCAACAAGAGCUCGACAAAGUUGUGGGUAAAAAUAACAUCGUAGAAGAAACACAUAUCACUUAACUUCCAUACAUUCUCUCCAUUAUGAAGGAAACCCUAAGAGCAUGCACAUAGCUUCACCCUACUCUUCCUCUUCUAGUUCCUCGCCGCCCAUCCGAAACCACGGUUAUAGGCGGCUACACAAUCCCUAAAGAUUCGAAAGUAUUCAUCAAUGUAUGGGCCAUUCAUAGAAAUCCGAACGUAUGGAAAAAUCCAUUGGAGUAUAAUCCUGAUAGAUUUCUUGAUAAAGUAAAUUAUGACUUUAGUGGUAAUGACUAUAGCUAUUUCCCAUUUGGAUCUGGCCGGAGAAUUUGUGCGGGAAUGGCCAUGGCAGAGAGAGUGGUUCUUUACAAUCUUGCAACGCUUUUGAAUUCUUUUGAUUGGAAAAUUGGGGAAGGAGAGAAAGUGGAGCUCGAGGAGAAGUUUGGGAUUGUGUUGAAGUUGAAGAAUCCACUUGUUGCAACACCCGUGCUAAGGUUCUCGGAUCCAAAUCUUUGAUCUUUAAGUUUAUAAUAAGUAUAAGGAGGAAAAAAAUUGCUUUUUGUUUAUGUGGACUUAUAUCUAUAUGUAUGUAUGAAUAGAAGUGGUAAAAUGUGACGGUAUAUGUAUGUAUAAAUAGAAGUGGUACAAUGUGACGGUGUCUAAUGUCGUCACAUGAAUAAAUUUAAAAUUGUGUGGAUUGUUGUAAUGUUAGUUGUACCAUUAUCCUGGUAAUAUGAUGUUCCGAAAGAUUCAAAGAUAUUCAUUAAUGUUUGAGUGAUUCAUAGAGAUCCUAAGAAUUGGGAGGAUCCGAAUGAGUUUAAGCCUGAGAGGUUUCUUGAAAAGUUUGGUCUUGUUCUUAACAUCAACAAACCAUUCAUUGCAAUUCCUAUCCCAAUCUUAGUUUUGUUGCUCUUUGGAUUUACUUUUUUUUUUUGUUUUGUUUUGGAUUGUGUUGCUAUGUCAAAUUGAUGUAUUACGGGUUUUGUAAGGAGAAGACAUUUACUUCUUCGUCCUUUGAUUUUUUGUUAUUGAUUAAAGUUUUCUGAUUGAUUGUUUGUAUAAAUUCUUAUUUUAGUGGAGCAAGUAACAUUUUGAUAUUGGAUAAUUAAGAAUGAAGUAUUCAUUCGAUAAUAAUUGAAGAGGUGGACAAUUUUUAAAAUACUAAGUGUUAUGGCACCCACUCCUAGGAGUUUCAAAUAGUCUCUUAAUAUAAAUUUUAAUUCGCACUAAUGUAACAUAUCUUUUCAUGUGCUGUAAUUACUAAUAUAAAUUAAAUAUUAUAUAUUUUCUCCGGUAUUUAUAAGUGAAGUUUUAGAAAAAUGCACAUACAUUAAAAAAUUAUUUAAUUUUUGUUUAUUUCUAUACUAAAACAUCA